GGGGUUCAGCUUCAUCCCAAAUUAGUUAUUAUAUGCUGCUUUAGAUUGCAGUUUCUUUGAAGCGUCGCUGUUUGAUCUCCUUUCCCUUUCCUCGUCUUCUAGUCUAUUCAACAAACAUUGCCCUUUUAUUGAUUCGCAGGUUAUUUUUUUGCAAAGGACUUCAUGAGUCCUCAAACAAGAUGUCUUCCGACAUAGACUCAGCAAGCAGUGUGCAUACUGAAGACCCUUCAGGACUCCCAUUCGAUCCGCCAGGCAGCGUUCGGAUGACAGCUGAACUACAUUACAGGCAUUACGACGACCGCAGACCCAUCGUGAACCAGUAUCUGCGCGGCCACCGAGUCGGAAAAGGACAGCAUGGAGAAGUAUGGGUGUGUUGGGACUUGUCUGAUAACCGUCGUGAGCUGGCCAUAAAGGCCGUCAAACGCAAUAAUCCUCGCGCCGAGAAGAUGAACAUGCUCCGCAGGCGAAACAUCCCUGCGUCGUCUCAUACACCACUUACAGAAAAACUCGGAAGCCUUGAGCAUAAAAUACGGAAAGAGAUCGCGAUAAUGAAAAAAUGCCGUCAUGGCCAUGUCGUUCGCCUGUUGGAGGUUAUCGAUGACAAGCUGAAUGAUAGGAUAUACAUGGUCAUGGAAUAUCUAAGCGGCGGAGAGAUCAAGUGGCGCAACGAACAGAGUGAGCCUGUGCUACAGGUAGACCAAUGUCGACGAAUAUGUCGCGAUGUUAUUCUCGGCCUCGAAUAUCUCCAUUACCAGGGAAUUAUUCACCGUGACAUAAAGCCCGCUAACCUUCUCUGGACCGCGGAUCGCCAAAUGGUCAAGAUCAGUGACUUUGGAGUCUCGCAUUUCUCAUACGCGCAGCGCCUCGCCGCUGCGGGGCGUGGAAAGGUUGCCCUUGAUGAUGCCAACGAUCCGAUUUUGUUGGAUGAUUCGGACCUUUCCAAGCGCGCCGGAACCCCUCCGUUUCUUGCUCCUGAAGUCAUUGCUGAGUACAACAGCACUGAUCCUUCGCCAUCUAUAUCUGCUUCUGCCACGCUGCUCUCCUUGAGGUCCGCCACACAUAUAGGUUCUUCUUCCACCGUCCGUCCUACCACGUCCCAGCGGCUGCAGAUUACGAAGGCCAUUGACGUAUGGGCACUGGGUGUCACGCUGUACUGCCUUCUUUUUGGCAAAAUCCCGUUCAGAGCCGAAGAUUCGAGUGAAUACGUGCUCUAUAAUAUCAUAUGCAAACACGAUUGGGAGCCAGAAGACACUAUGGGUUGCGAUCGCAUUUCAACUGGCGGACGGAAACCCAAGGAUAAAAAGUCUGAGGGAUUUGUCGUCAUGAAUCUUCUCGACAAGCUGCUUGAAAAAGAUCCCAACAAGCGCAUGACUCUUGAUCAAGCAAAGGAUUGACAUGGUGCAUGUCACGGAGUCGGACACCCGCACUGCGAUGACUACUGUUCGAUUCAGCUGGGGCUGGCCAAAGCGCCUUACACGUCGCAUAUCCUCAUUAUUCAAGGGCGUCCGUUCCUCGCGUGCCGCAUCAUCACGUGACGAUGAAGACGACUUUGGUGUGUGCUCCUCACCGGCCAUUGCGUACGUAG